ACUUUAAACUGAAGAUUGGAUUGAUUAGUAGGUUUAGAAUUUAAAUUCUAAAAGAACCAGGGGCCUAAAAUAGAUUUUAUAUUUGUCAAUUUAUAUGUAUCUCCUCCCGCUCGUCUGCCUUUGUUCUGGACAAAAUGACGGCAGCGGUAACAUGAAGCAUGAACUUGAUUCGCUCUCAUCUCCUCCCCUCAUCGAAACCCUCUCACAUUCAAAUUCUCAUCAAUUUCUUCUCAUCAAAACCCAGGAAUCUCCAUUCAAAUCCGAACACCCUCACUCUCAACCAAAAUCUCUCCGCUCUCGUACGCCAAGGCAAUUUCGGUGAAGCCCGCAACCUGUUCGAUGAAAUGCCUGAAAGAAACCUCAUCACCUAUUCCACCAUGAUCAACCUCUAUAUAAAGAAUGGUGACCUUCUCAAAGCAGAAUCCCUCUACACCCAAUUGCCCAAAUCGAAUGUAGUCGUUGACUCCGUGAUGAUCGAUGGGUUAUCGAAGGCGGGUCGAAUUGACGAUGCCCAGAGGCUAUUUGAUUCAAUGAGCUCAAGAAAUGUGUUCUCGUGGACUAGUUUGUUGUCUGGGUACUGUCGAAUUGGGGAGAUUUCGAAGGCGAGGGAGAUUUUCGAUCGAAUGCCCGAUAAAAAUGUGUACUCGUGGAACACGAUGGUGUUGGGUUAUGCAAGAAAUGGGCAACUGGGUGAAGCUUUGGAGAUGUUCGAUCGAAUGCCUGAGAGAAAUGUUGUGUCGUGGACAGCGAUGGUUAGGGUUUUGGCUGAGAGUGGGAGAAUUGAUGAGGCCCGUGAGAUGUUUGAUAGAAUGCCACAUAGGAACUUGUACUCUUGGAACGUGAUGAUUUCUGGGUAUCUGGGUGCGGAGAAGCCGAAAGAAGCAGUUGAGUUGUUUGAAUCGAUGACUGAGAGGAAUGUGGUUUCUUGGACGACAAUGGUCACUGGGCUGGCACGGAACGGGUCCAUAGAGAGAGCACGAGAUAUCUUUGACCGCAUGCCAAGAAAGGACGUUGCAUCAUGGAACGCGAUGAUUACUGUGUACGGAGAGAAAGGGCUCAUGGUGGAUGCCCGUGAGUUGUUCGACUCGAUGAAAGAGAGGAAUGUAGUAACGUGGAAUGCAAUGAUUGAUAGCUAUGCGAAAAAUGGAUUUCAAAACGAAGCAGUAGAACUCCUCAUUCUCAUGCUUCGCUCGCCGGCAAAGCCAAACGAGACUACUCUAACUAGCGUCUUAGUCGCACUAGAGAAUGCCCUUGAAAUCAUGGUGAUUCAUGGGCUAGCCAAAUCGCUUGGUUUCGACUCAGACACAUCUCUCACAAACGCUCUAGUCACUAUGUACUCGAGGAGCGGCGAUCUGAGCUCAGCUCGUCUCGCCUUUGAGGAUCUCGAAGCUAAGGACAUUGUGUCAUGGACUUCGAUGAUCCUAGCUUACUCUUAUCAUGGCCAAGGCCACCAUGCAUUGCAAACAUUCGCGAGAAUGUUGAGACGCGGAGCGGUACCCGAUAGCACAACAUUCAUAGGGGUGCUAUCAGCUUGUAGCCAUUGCGGGCUCGUUGAAAAGGGGCAAAGGUUUUUUGAGUCCAUGGACCGAGCAUACAAAUUGAAACCUCGAGCUGAGCACUACUCCUGCCUUGUCGAUCUACUCGGCAAAGCAGGGAGAUUUGACGAGGCAAAUGCUGUCGUCAGCAGAAUGGCCCCUGAGGACCGAGAUGGAGGAGUGUUGGUUGCGUUGCUGGGGGCGUGCAGGGCGCACCAACCUGCACACAAUGAGAUCAGUUUGGCGAGCGAAAUAGGAGAGGAGUUGAUGAGGAGAGAGGAGGCAGGGUCGGGGGUGUAUGCGUUGUUGGCGAACAUGUACGCGUCGAGGGGGGAGUGGGGGGAGGCGGCGAGGGUGAGGAGGAGGAUGAGGGAGAGGAGGGGAGAAGGUGGCGGGGAGGUGGCGGGGGUGAGUAGUGUUGAGGUGGGGCGGAGUAGUCAUGUUUUCUAUGUUGGGGAUAGGGUGCAUCCUCGGGUCGAUGAGGUGUAUGGUUUGAUUGAUGAGGUGCUUGUGCCUCAGAUGAGGGGCGUAGGGGACUUCGAAUUCAUCAAGUGCUCGCAUGCUUGAGAAUGGUAAUACAGAGGCCUGUUUGAACUCGCGAUGAUACACAGCAUCGCUUAGUCACAGGCUAUUCCACUUACGUGUUUUGUAAAGCUUUGUCCUUUGCGGUGGAGAUAGUAGGAGGAAAAGACCAUAGAUUUUAUGUUUAUGCUAAGGGGUGUUUAUGCUAAGGGGGUGUUUGGUUGCAUUGUUUUUGAGAAAUAUUUUCUCAAAAGUACUGACACAUUGCAUUUAUGUAAUUAAGAGUUUUCUAUACAUUUCUAUAAACUGUG